UGUUGACGACUUAUUUUUAACUAUCGUUCGUUUUAUCGACGAAUUUGUGAAGUAGUGAUCACGGUGAUGACGCAGCCAGUGAAGAUGAUAUUUGGCUACAUAGCUGCAUUUAUUUUGGUCUUCUGUUUUGCCAUAGCUGAUGCAGAGCGUACAAAUCCUUGUAGUGAAACUCAGUAUUGGAUUGAAUAUUUAGAUGGUUCAACCUUGUGUGAAGACUGUCCAUCUUGCCUACCAGGACAAGGCCUUUCUGAACAAUGUGGACAACUUAUAAAAUCCAGUGCAUUUGUGACAUGUCAACCGUGCCAACCUAAAUUCUCAUUUUCCAGCAAAGAUGACACCUCCAUGUGUGCUCGUUGUUCAUCUUGUGCAGUGGAUCAGGUGGUGCUAAGGAACUGUACACCAGAGUGGGACAUCAAAUGUGCAGAACGAUGUUCCAGUAUGGACAGGUAUUACAAUCAUGCCAAGGGAGACUGUUUACCUUGUUCGAAAUGCUGUGGGGAUGAUCAAGAUUUGGUGGAAGUUGAAUGUCAAGAAAAACUGGGGCCUCGCUCUAACAUGAUCUGCUCUUUUGACACCAGCGUAAACCGCUGUGGAAAGGCAAUCAAUUUGAGAUCUCUACAUAACGUCACAACAAAUGCAAAGAAGAUAACAGCUACUCCUGAUAACUACACCAGUCCAAGCCAAGCUUUCAAAAGUGAACAAAGUGAAGCUCCUACUGAAAGUAAUGACCUAUCUCAAAGAAAAGUUCAGGAUUUCUGGACAGCCGCCAUUAUUCCAGUUGUAAUACUGGCCCUGAUGGCGAUUUGCGGCUGUGUUUACAUUUACAAGACAGGGAACCCAAAUGGUUGCUUUUGGUGUCGCAGUGAUGUUGAAAGGGGCUCAGGUGCACUUGAUGCAGAUGGGGCUGAAGAAACAUUGUCAAAAAUUGGCAGAUGUCACAGGCUUGAAAUGAUUUCACCAGAAUCAUCAGAACCAUUGUUGAACGAGGGUGAUUCUGGUAUGCUGACACGCUCUAGUGAAAUGGCCAUAAAGAAAGAUUCUAAACCACUGAGUAGCUUAUUGGAGAGGGAUUCUGACCUGCAAAAGAUCUGCGACUGUUUGGAUGCACCCAUGGCAGGGGUUGGUCACUACCGAGCAGUUGCCCUGUACUAUGGCUCCAAUUAUUACCAGAUAGUCUCGGUCUUCGAAAAGCAACGCGGAGGACCAUCCAGGGCCUUAAUAGAAUCCCUUCAAGCUAAGAAACCAGAACUAACAGUGGCAGAGUUUGCCUCUGUGGUGAGAAAAGAAGCUAACAGGAACGACGUCGUUAAACUGCUUGAAGAAUACGACUUAAAAUAGAACAUAAAUCUCCUUGUAUAAAAUGUAUUUGUAGAGUCAUUUUAGAUGCUUUUUCAACUUUGAAAGUAUUAAAGUAAAAGUGCUUGUAUAGAAAAUGUAAAGGUGCAAAUACCACCAAGUAGUAUGGCUAUAAGUCCAAGAUGAGGUUUUCAGUACAGAAGGAGAUAUGAUCUGAACGGAUUAGUUAACGCUAAAUGUAGAGGGAAAGAAAUUCCUGAAUGCAGGUCCAGUGUCACAAAGAGGAGAAACUCUAGACUGCACUGUCUAGAGGAUGACCUUCCUAAAUUCCUCAGUUUAGCCAUGUACAUUCUAUCUUCAAGUCGGCAGAAUCUUGAGGGUAUCUGACAGAAAAGGUUCGCUGUGGUUAUAUCAUUCGUAAAAUAGCCCUACUGAGACUGUUAUUUUUUCGCUUUUAAAAGCAUUUCUUUUGUAAUCCUUUUAUUGAUUUUAUUUUUUUGUAGAGUUAUUUUUGUUCCGUUUGUAAUUUUUUUGUAUUUCAAUAUGUUGGCAUGUUAUGAUAUCAUUCGUAAAAUAGCUCUGCCGAGACUGUUAGUUUUUUCGUUUUUUAAAAAAUUUCUUUUGUAAUCCUUUCAUUGAUUUCUUUUAUUUUUUAUAGAGCUAUUUUUGUUCAAUUUGUUUUUUUUUUAAGUGUGAAAGGAAGCCACUCUAAAACAAAUAUGUAA